AUGGCGACAUCACAGACACAUGAGAAAACGAUCCAUCUUAGCCAAGAUUCGCCUGAUCCAGAAGUGCUCGAGGGCAAGGUUGACGACCUCGAGGAGCACGAAGUGUUCCAGAAGGAUGGCGAGGUGAACUUCCGUACCGUUGGCUGGCCACGUGCAUCGGUCAUCUUCUUGAAGGUCAUCUUCGCCACGGGCGUCCUAUCCAUCCCGACAGCUAUGGUAUCAUUGGGAGCCAUUGGCGGCGCACUCAACGUGAUCGGGUUUGGUAUGCUCAAUACCUAUUCUGGCGUCAUAACCGGCGACUUUCGGAACAGACACCCCUAUUGUCACUCCGUCGCAGAUAUGGCCAUGGAAGUCGGCGGAAUCUGGGUGCGAGAGAUCACUGGAAUCCUCUUCAUAAUCGCAUAUAUUCUCUGUACUGGAUCUGGUAUUCUUGGCGUGGCCAUCGGGCUCAACGCUCUCUCGACCCAUACUGCGUGCUCAGUGUGGUGGGCAUUCUUGGCUACCAUAGUGGUCGCUGUUGCUGCCUCCGUUCGCAAGUUCCAUCAAAUCGGCUGGCUUACAUGGGCCGGAUUCACGAGCAUCUUCAUAGCGGUCUUCAUUAUUGUCGUUGCCGUCACGACUCGAGACCGGCCUGCUGCUGCACCCCUGACCGGAGACUACGACCUAGGAUACUAUACCGUCCCCUCCGGUGUCACCUUUGCAGCUGGAGUCGUGGCUUCUUGCACCAUCUUUGUUUCGUCAGCAGCGACCAGCGCCUUUCUGCCCGUCAUUAGCGAGAUGAAAAAUCCAAAGGACUAUCGCAAGGCUUUGUUCGUCUGCAUGGGCCUGGUCACGUCUGCAUACCUGGCCUUCUCACUGGUGGUAUACCGCUGGUGCGGAAAAUGGGUCGCCUCUCCCUCACUCGGAAGCGCUGGUCAGACCGUGAAGAUGGUCGCCUUCGGAGUAGGCCUGAUCGGACUGAUCGUCAGCGCGUGCCUUUACUUACAUAUCGCCGCCAAAUACGUCUUCGUAAGAAUCCUACGCGGGAGCAAGCACCUACAAGCGAAUACUGCUGUACAUUGGGGGACUUGGCUUGGCUGCACCUUUGGUCUUGCCGCUCUUUCGUUCAUCCUUUCGCAGGCGAUCCCAAUAUUCAACUAUCUGCUGGCUUUGACAGGAAGCUUGUGCUUUGCGCCGAUUACUAUAGCACUUCCCGGAUGGCUUUGGCUUCAUGACCACAUGUCCUAUCGGAGAGGCACCGCAUCGCAGCAAAUUGCUUUCUGGUUCCACGUACUCCUCAUCCCGCUUGGGUUGUUCUUCCUGGUUGCUGGCACCUACGGGGGGAUCGAACAGAUUAUCCAGGCUUAUGCGGAUGGGCUUAUUGGCUCUGCGUUUUCCUGUGCGGACAAUUCUGGUUCCACCUAA